GGAAAACAGAGAUAAGAGGGAGAAGGCGAGGAGAGAGUACCAGAGGAGCGGCAGUGCAGUAACGGAGGAGUAACAAAGGGAGGCCAUUACGCUAAGUGACACUCAUCAUGUGCCUAAUUAACCACACCCGCCCACGACGCAUUAUCUAAUUAACAAAAUCCAACGGAAGGUCAAAAUUUAUACAUUACUACUACUACUACUAUUACUACUGCUAACAAUAACCAUUACGUACACUCCAAUCAUGAUUACAACACAGAGUUAGCAACCACGCGAGAAGCCACAGCCGACCUUGACAUGCCUGAGCAAACCAAACCAAACGAUUCCACUGUAACUACACGCAAAUCAUUCUAUUAAACGACUCCCCGAGAACAAAAAAAGUCUUAUCACCAUUUUGCGGAACGCCUCGAAGGUCACCAGCGUCAUUAUCAUCGUUAUCAGGAUUUACAUUUCCCUCCACCAUAACCUUCACAAGAUAUCUCACUGAUAAAACAACAAGCUCCCUUUCCUCUUUCCUUUCUCCCUUUAUCCAACAUCUAUCCCUUCCUUUAUUUAUUCUUCCAUUGCAUUGGCUUAUAAUCCUGCCUGCUUAUCAAUUAACACUUUCUCUCUAGCCUGAUUUUUUUAGUCUACACACAAAAACACAAACCCACUAGCCUACAUUUUCCCGUUUCUCUUUGCCAUACCGCCUUCUUCUCUCCUUGCUUUCGUCUCUUUCCUGUAUUCCUCUGUUGCUCUAGUAUUUUAACCUCGUUUGCCUCCACUAUGUCUUUUUUAAUCGCCCACAAUCUGCAUAUUAAUUUCUCCCUUCUUUUCAUCCUCCGUUUCCCAUUCUUUUUUCUUCUUUCCUCUUCUAUAUCUCCUCUCUCUCAUCCACUACUCCGGCAUCACGACUCAGCGUUAGUUAAGAGAGUUGCUUAUCAGUCCCCAUUAUCUCUGCCUCUAAAUCGCUCACACACGCGUCUCUGUAAUCAGUGUGUGUUUAUCUAUAGUCACGACAGGACCUCGCUUACUUCUUCCCCCUCCUGCCCUCUGUCUCCUUACUUAAAAUUCAUCUGGCUGUGAUUUUAAGGAGAUACGAGUGGAGUAAAAGAGUGUAUUGAAAAUGGUCACUGAUAUUGUAGAUGCAGCUCGGCCAUGGAGCGUUUCCGCGGAGAGGAUACACCCGACGCCGGCAGGCAACUGAUGCGCCUCUCGUCCCUACCCGAGCCAUACGUCGUGCAGGGCUGCCCCCUCGUCUCCGACGGGCCAGCCAUGUCCCGCAUGGCACGCACGCCGCAAGAAGAUACCCCCGGACAUAGAGAGCCCAUGCCCUUACUCUUCGAAGCUAUACAUGCGGGCAACCUGGAGGGUGUAAAGGCGGCGCUGAAGCAGGAUCCCGAGGCAGCCCUCAACACCAGGUAUGGUGGCUUCCUGCCCCUACACGCGAGUUGCCAUGUGCGUCACCUCGACACUCUCUCCUCUCUGCUGCAGGCCGGCGCGAAGGUGGACGCUGUGGAUGGGCUCGGACAAACGGCGUUGCACCUGGCGGUGGCUGACGAAUGGCACAGCGGCGUGGAAACACUACUGCAGAGCGGCGCGUCGCCAAAUAUGCUGUGUGAACCGCCGCCCACCAUAAAGGGAAUGCGAAUCGAGACGCCGCUCCAUGUUGCUGUGCGGCGCGGGGACCUCACUACCACGGCCCUGCUGCUGCGGCAGCGACCUGACCUCAGCCUGAGGGACAGUGAUCUGUGCUCCGUCCUCCACUUGGCCGCUCACUCCCGCUCCCUCGCCGUCACCAGUGAGUUACUCAAGGAGAGGCAGGUCAAGGAAUUGGUGACGAGUAGCGAUUGUAGAGGCAACGGAGUGCUGCACAUGGCCCUCAUGACCAAGUGUGACGCCGCCUGCGAGGAUACCGUGAUGGAUCUGGUGAAGGAGCUGGUGCAGGCCGGCGCAGACACGAAUCACCUCAACCUGCGGGGCGAGAGUCCGCUGUUCCUGGCCGCCCACCACCACCUACCACGCGUGGUGCACACCCUCCUGGACCUCAGGGCGGACCCCAGAGUGGUGGCUCGCAACGGCCAGACUAUGCUGCACGCCGCCUGCCACCAUGGCUGCGCCGCCAGCCUGGGUCACCUCCUCAACACAGACUCCGUGCAGCACCUGGUCACGGCGCUGGACAACGAAGGCUUCGCGCCCUUCCACUUCGCGGUGUGUAGCGGCUCCAUCGACUGUUGCGAGCUGCUGCUGACUCAUGGAGACCACCUGACGCGGCUUGAUAAGGACAAACAGACGCGCUGCUCCAUCAUCCUCAGACAUCUGCCCUCCGCGACGCAGCUCCUCACGCGUCUCUUUGACAGCCAUGUCCUCCUGUCAAAUGUGCCUCCCCAUGACCCAAAUUUCUGCGUGACUUUCAACUAUUCCGUCAUAUAUCUUGAGGAGGAAGGCGUCCAGAGCUCCCUCAUCUCUGAGCUCUCCACCUCCAGCCUCGAGGUUCUCCUCAAGCACCCUCUGCUGGAGAGUUUUUUGUACCUAAAGUGGGGGAGGAUCAAGCCUUUCUUUUACUGUAGCGUGGCAUUUUACUUCGCGUUCCUGCUGCUGCACACCAUCUUCAUCGUGAUGACGUUCGGUGGUCAGCCCUGGAACUGGAGCACGCACGUCUUUGCCUACUCGGUGUUCCUAAUCUUGCACAUAACCAUGUUCCUCUUCAUACUGAUCCCGGACCUUAUCUUCAUGUUUGCUAACUUCAAAAAAUACCUGUACCAGUGGGAGACAUAUACCAGAUUCAUCGCUCUCUCCACCUCUGCCUUCGUAGUUUUCAGCUGCCUGCCGUCCUAUAAAAUGCUCUGGGUUGUACCAGCGCUGAACACUUUUGGGGAGAACAACACCUCUUUGGAGAACGUGACUAACACCCCAUGGGAGGUCAUCACUGAAGACUACAGUACAGGGGACAACACCUCAGGGCCGGCCGAAGGUGGGAAGGCGACGCACAUGAUGGUGCAGAGGGAGGUGGUGCGGGACGUAGCGGCAGUGUCGGCGCUCUUCAGCUGGGUGGAGUUCAUGAUGCUUCUGGGACGCUUCCCAUCGCUGGGCACCUACGUCCUCAUGUUCACGCGUGUGGCUCGCUCCAUCAUCAAGUUCUUGGCUGCUUUCUCCAGCCUCAUCAUAGGGUUUGCGGUGAGUUUCCUUGUGCUGUUCCGAGACAAGCCCACCUUCAGUUCGCUGCCGCUCAGUUUCAUCAGGACCCUCAUGAUGAUGAUCGGAGAAAUUGAUUUUGCUACCUUGGCAGAGAACCUCAAUUUGUUGGGCGCCUUAUUCCUUGUGGCGUUCCUGUUCUUGGUCUGCGUCCUCUUGACCAACCUGCUCAUUGGUCUGGCCGUCAACGAUCUGCCGGACCUGCAACGAAUGGGCAAGAUCCGCAGGUUGGCCAAGCAAGCCUCCUACCUGGUGUCGUAUGAGCGGCUGAUGGUGGUGGCGCGGUCGCUGAGAUGCUUCCCUUACCGUCUGCGCAAGCUCAUGACGCGCCGCUCCAAGGUGCCGCAGGAAGUGAACGUGUGGCCCAACAAGAACAACGGCAAAUCUAACUCGCGGCGGAGUGACUUCUACCACGUGCCCAACGAGACGCUGCAGGAGGCCAUUUUGUUGGGCACCGACUCCAAGAUAGUGUUCAACGCCAUGGAUGAUGAGGACAGCCUCGCGAUGCAGUUCAGGUCCUUCAAGAUCAUGUACGACCGUGACCACCGCCAGUUGCAGCGCCGCUUGGCCAAGCUGCCCGAUACGACCACCACCGAGACCAUGCUGAAGCAGCGCCUGGACCACAUCCAGCAGACAUUGCAGAACCAGCUGCUGCAACUGUCUCUGCAGCUGCAGCAGCACAACCACCUGUGCAGCCGCUGCCGCCACAACUCGCAGCAGACACAAGGGGUUCAGAGUGAGCAGCAAGCGGGACCAGUGACUCUGGCGCUCCCCAACAACUUACAAGGAAGGAAUACGAGCGAUAGAACACAGCAAAUGAGUCCCAUCCAGUCUUCCAGUGUGUUCUGGCCCCUGCGCCAGGGCCAGGGGGCGGCGGCCCACCAGUCUUUGCAAGCCACAGUAAACUCAACACAAUACAGGAACACGUUGAUUCAGUUUACGAAGCGAUGAUUUUCUUAAUAGGGAUACAAGUCUGAUUACAUUACUGAUAUUAUUAGCGAGCAGCUCUCGCUCUCAAAUUGUGACUGUUGAAUUUGCCUGAGUUCGAAGGUAACCCUCAUCGACUGCCACACUAGCAUGUUGGGUAUGACCUGGAGGUAUAUUCCAACCCCCACCCCGGAGCGAGCUAUGGUGCUCACAUCUGGACGUCACUCAGUGUGACCCAAGAACUAUAAUCUAUAAAUAAUUACAUUGUUGUAUGUCUUGUCAUAAUAAUUUAUAUUAUUGUUUCUUAUUUUUGUAAUAACCAUAUUAAAAUAAACUUAUAAUGACAAA